AUGGUGCAAUUAAAAUUGGGUCUAUGGGAGGAGGCUAGUGAAAAUUCAAAUACCAAUUUUAAUCCUAAACCAGCACUUGAUGGCAGAAUUUACUAUGGAACAGCAAUUUCAGAAGCUAACUGUAUUAAUUCAGAUAUUAAUAAUAUUUGGAGCACUUUUUUGAGGUAUAAUGGUGAUAAUAAGGAUAAUAAAAAUAGUAAUAAAAAUAGUAAUGAAAAUAAUGAUAAAAAUAAUAUUAAUUUAGAAAAUGAUAAUGAACUUUAUAUGCAUAAGAUUGGAUUUUAUGAGAAUCAAGAUGGUAUCAAAAAUAAAUUUAACCACUUUGAUGAACGACUAUUGACUCAUCCAUCUAAAGUUGAUGAAAAUAGAGCUAAAAGCUUGAGCCAGAAGCAAGAUGCUAACAUUGAAAGUAUACAAAGUCUAAUUAGGAAUAAUUCUACUUCAUUUACAAAGCUUAUUGAUAAUUUAAUUGACCAUAGAAAUUUGAGAUUACGAAACAGAUCAUUGGGAAUGAAUAAAAAACUAGUGUUCAAAGUCACUAUGUCUCUCUCUUAUUUUGAAAAGUUUGCAUUAAUUCCACGAAUCUUUUCUGCAAAGUAUAGUUUUGAUUUUCUUGUUACAGAAUCAAAAGGAAUUGAUGAUGAUAACGCUGUUUUCAAGAAAACAGUUAACUAUUUGUUAUUUGAGGAUGAAAAAGUUCAUCCAUAUCAAAAUCUAUUUGAUUACUUAAAAAGAGAGAUCAUUUAUGAAAAAUAUAUUGUUGGCAACUUCUCUCAAAUUCUUCCAAAGAAUUUUGGCGUCUUGAGAAACACAAACCGCAAAUUCAUCCAAGGAAUAGUUAUGGAGAAGUUUGUGUGA